UCGUUCGUAUUUAGACAGUUGUGGUUUAUUUAGUAUCAUUGUGCAGUUAUGUAUAUAUAGUAGUAAAUUAUUGACAUUCUCGUGUAUAGUAUAUACCGAUUGGUCGGAUACAGACCAGCAAAAUGCUGCCUAUCGUACUGGUAUUACUCGUCGCUACUAGCGCUCUGGCUGCCCCAGGCGUCAACCUGAGCAUCCGCAAUGUAAACGAAGUGGUGCCACCCAAGCACAAUGGCGGACUAGUCUCUGCUUUCUUGACCAACCAAGCCUUCGAGAUCGUAGACGGUGGAGACACUGCCACCUACGUGCUCAACCUUCAGCAAGUCAUUGACGACCUCGCCAACCAAGGAGACAAGAGCAGCCAAGCCCUUGCCGCCGGUCAGGCCAUCGCCAUCCUCGGUGCUCUGAGCACUGGAAUUCCUGGAGACGCUUGUGCUCCUGCUAACUUCAUCAACGCCUACGUCUCAUCCCUCCGUAGCGGCAACUCCGUGGGUCCAGCUCUCGCCAAGUUCGUCAACGUCUUGAAGCAGAACAUCGACCAAAUCGUCCAAUACGCAAACAACCCCAACCAACUGAAGAACGCUGUCGGACCCCGAGGUAACUGCAACGGUGGAGGCAGAAACUACCAAUUCGAAGCCGCCUGGGAUGCCAUCCUCAGCAACGCCUCCGGAGCCUCAGCAGGGCUUGUCAACGAGCAAUACUGUGCUGCCAAGCGUCUGUUCACCGCUUUCAACGCACAAAACAGCAAUGUAGGAGCUUACGUCACCGCAGUCUCCCUGCCACCAGUCAACCGCGUCCUCCAAGAAGCUUUGGGACCAGUCGCUAAGUUCGUUGCAUCCCUCUCUUCUGGCAACCCUGCAGCCGCAGCUGCCGGAGCCAAGAAUGCCCUGGACAACGCCCUCAGAUACUAAACUAUACUAUAUACUAAACUUUAGUACAAUAUUAUAACACAUUUUAUAUAUAUCGGUAUACUAUACGAAAAAUAACCUGACUACUAUGUAUAUAUGUAUAAUAUACUAUACAUACCCAAAGGUCAUACAAUGACGUCUAUAGGAAAAACUUUUAAUAUGUAAAUAUACGUUUAUGCAUUAUAACAAA